AUGCAGCAACAGUCUUUCUAUGAGAAUAAUAUUCCCAUCGCCAUAUCCCAACUUCGAAGGGAUAAUCAAAUUCCCACCCUGUGUCAGUACUUUGACGGUGGCCAAUGCCGUGUAUUCAAGGUGACAUUCACAGACGGUGAGAGUUGGGCUGUACGAGUGCCUCUUUUUGUCCGCCAUGCUUCACAGGACACUGUUAUACAGCUUCUUGAGUCCGAAGCUUGUAUUCUUAGAGAGCUUGAGAUGGCUGGAUUCUCAUGGGCUGCAAGGCUACGGGGUUGCAGUCUCACAUUCGAUAAUGCGAUCGGAUACCCGUUCGUCGCAUUGACUUGGAUUCCGGGCAGACAGCUUUCAUGGUCCGAUGAAUUUCCGACUCGACCUCUUCGAAAUAAAAUUUUAGCUCAAGUUGCGAUGUUGCAUGCGUCACUGAUCGAAUGUACUAAGGAGACCAGGGGAUCUUCCCGAAAACAUUUCACCCGGAUAAUCCGAAACAAGGCUCGUCGAGUCCGCGAUGGUCUCCUUCCAGAAAUCACGGAACAGGACUGUUCCGACCAAAUGAACAUUCUCUCUAAUGUUCUUUUACCUGAACUUGAUGAAGCACCUUUCGCCGUUGUCCAUGGCGAUAUGUCACCACAAAACAUACUCAUAGAUGCACAGCACAAUGUCACAGGCAUUAUCGAUUGGGGGUUUUCAUCAAAGGUGCCUUUCCAACAGGCAGCGUGUUUCCCCCGAUUUCUCCAGCUACAGAACCUUGACAUAGCACCAAGUUCCACUCUCCUGAAAGACCGGGAGACUUACAUCGCGUCCGUUCGAUGCCAGAAAUCACCAGAAGUGGCAUUGAAGAUGAUUCAAGUGCUAUCAUCCGAUAAUGCCGACUUUCAACACUGCUUUCUGGAAUCGAUCAUAAGCAAAGGUAUGCAUCGGCGACUGGCACGCAACGGAUGGAGGCUUUCAUCUUGCGAGCAAGGCAGCAAUGGGAAAGGUAACGGAAACGAAAGCAGACCUUCCUGGUCUGUUCAACAUCAUAUUUUCGUAUGCUGCAUCGCAAGCUUGAUGAUGAUGCUGCUGGCUUUCUACAUCCGGGGAUGGGGUUCAUGA